UCAAUGUGCCAAUUUCCUGACUCUGAAACUUCUUCCGCAAACGCCGAGUAUGAACAAAAAAUCAAAGCUUUAGAAUCUCAACUUAAAGAAAUUUUGCAGGAGAAAAUUAAAGUUGAUGAUGAAUUGGCUAGAGAGAAAACAAUGAACAAUGACCUCAAAGCCAGGAUAAAGCUUAAAGACGUGCAUAUUAAACGUUUGGAAGGUAUUCUUGAAGAUCAAGAUGCGAUGAAGAAGGAAAAUUCUAGACUUAAGCAGCAACUUAGAGCUUCUGAUUUCUACUCAUAUGUCUGCAAAAUUUCUUCAACUGCCAACGAAACGGAAAUUGAGGAUAUUAUUGGCAUGUACUCAACUAAAAAUGGCGAUCCCAGUUGUGGAGAAUUUCUCAAAUUAAUUCGAAAGCAAUUGAGGGCGAUGGAACAAAAAAAUAAAGAACUUCUUGAACAAAUUCGAAAAGAGCGUCUUGAGAAUAGCAAAAAAGACAAGGAAAUUGAAAAGUUGCGGGAAGAGUUACUAUCCCAGAGUCGAAAACGUACAAAGGUUCCAUCAACUAGCAAAGAAUCACCUAUGGCUACACGACAACGUACUGCUCGUCCUUCCUUUGGAUUUAGCUUUUAUGAAGAAGACAGUGAAAUUCAGCCGGAACCCAAUCCGGAAAAAUCUCAAGACCCGGCUUUUUCUCAAUCCAUUACAUCCUUGCCUACAAAUACUAGAAUUCGUAUCUUUUUAAUUCCAAAAAUAAAUUUAAAGCUAAUAUCUGAUGGCAGUCCAUCAUCUCCUAUGCGGGUUCACAAAUUUACUGGUCCAAAGUUUUCAUCUUCAAAUUCAAGUUGUCAAAUUCUGGAAGAGAUUAAAGGACAAUGCAAGCAGUAUAUGUCUAUUUUUGAUGAAAGCGACGAUUUGGAGAAUAUUCCGCCGCCGCCGAGGCCGCCAAAGAAGACUAUUCCAAAAAACCCCAUUCAACUGGGGAACGAUUUAAUCUCACCAAAUUUGUUGGCACAUGCAAGCAAGAGCAACCUGAUGAAUUUCAACGACUAA